AGCAGCCAAUCAAAAUGUUGGAAAAUAAGCAGGGGCCAUUUUAAAUUUUCUCUCUGUAUAGACGCUCUGUAAAGCGUUUGAGAUUGACUGACAGUGAAAAAGUGUGGGAAAGGACACUGAAUGUAUAAUUUAGAAUAUAUAACACCUCACCUCUUAGAUUCAACAUUCCGUUGCUUUUUGGUACUGAAUGGUAGAUGUGACAAAUCCUCUUAAGAUCAUUUUUUUUACUAUUAGAAAAAUGCUGUAUGAGUAAUAGAGAGUCCGUAUCAUUUGUAAACAAUUGGUCUGUUGCGUACAUUGUUCAUAGUGCCAAGAUCAACUUCCUCUAAUUCGUGGUUCAUUGCACAAAGUUACAAUGUAUGCUAAUACUAGUGAAAAGGGGAAGCUGCAUUUCUAAUACCUUUAUAUUUUCAUGAAAUAACCUAAAUAACAUUGUUUUUUUGUUUUUUUUUUGGUCUGUAUAAAAAGCAUUAAAAAAUUGGUCAAACAAAACAAAGCUUUAAACCAACCAAAAACACAUAGUUCUUAUUUAUAUACGUUUUACUUAACAGAUUAAUAAUACGAUUUUUCACAGUAUAUCUACUUAAGAGACAUAUAACCCAUAUGGAGGUGAUGACUGAAGCAAAGAGUGCAUUUUCAGGAAGAUUACCUUUAACGACUGGGAAGUGUAGAACAAUGCUUUUCAGUGACAUGCUAAUUGUUGGGCCUGUCUUUUGCAUACAAACAUAAUGGACCACAAAAUGACUUCUGUCACGUCGCUUCAGUUGCUCCGACAAUUAAAACCUCAGGUGGGAGAAAUUGCUCUGAGAGACGAAGAGAAAGUAAAUGACAGAGAGGAGGGAAAAGUUGUUUAGCAACAUAAUAGUUUUAGCUGGCUUGCCUGCUGAGUUUGGCUUUUCUGAAGUCUCAGAACAAAGCAACCAUGAUGAAGCAUCUUGACAGCUGGUAGUUAGAACCAUUCUCUAAUAUAGAAGAAUGUCUGACACUUUGUGCGUUUCUAUAUCUACUUGAUUUAAAUGAACCCAUGAGUCACAUGGCAUUGAGCAAUUGAAUAAAAGAGAAAUUAAGAGCAUUUGCUUCCCCAAAAUUAUCAUUUGAGUUCAUAGAGUCUUCUGUGCAAUGAUCAUCUGACAAUGAAAUGAGAAAUUGUGAAGUUUGCAAAGUAUUUUUUCCCCCGAUACUGAUAAAAAAAAAAAAAAGAGAGAGAUACAUAACCUCACAACAUAAUCAUUAUUUCAGAGUUUUAAAUAUAUAUUCAGGCUUCUCAUGAGAUCUCAUGAAAUGUGAGAUCUCAUGAGAAGUAGUGUGAUGCUAACAUAAAAAAAAUGCUGCAUAGUCACACUUAAAAUGUCACAGCUUUAAGUUCACCAAUCCCAUCGCAGAAUAUUGUGACAUUUGUGUUCCUACAUGUAAGUUCCUUUUUGCAUAAAUACAUGAAAUAUUACCAUAGACAGACAUCACGAGUACAAAAGAAAAAAAAAAUUCCACCUCAGGGGAGAUAUUAGUACGUUUUGUAGCUUUGUUUAAUCCUUCACAUUCACGGUUUGUAGUUAGAAGGUUGUAGUAAUCCCAACUGCACUGGAAAUGUCUGGGCUUGUGAAUGAUGGUAUGGAUAAAGGUUCGAUGAUGGAAUCAGAAGACAGAAUAGAGAAGACAGUUGAUAUCUACGUAAGUGCUGAGGCUGUAAGAGACAUGAAACAUAAGAAAGACACAGAGGACUUUAACACAUCGAAAACCCAAACCCCUCAACACACAGGAAGUGAUUCUGUGAGGAUCAGAAGCUCCAGAGCAGCUCUAGUGUGUUUGGUGCUGCUGUGUGUUCUUCUGCUGACUGCAGUCAUAGUGCUGUGUGUCCAACUCUUUACAAACAACAGCACAAACUACACAGAAGAGACACACCAGCUACUAACUAACAUCACCAACCUCACAGAUGAGAGAGACCAGCUACUAAACAAGAUUACCAACAUCACAGAAGAGAGAAAUGAGCUACUAACCAACAAUACCAACCUGACAAAGGAGAGAGAUGAGCUAAAAAUAAAAAAUAAAAAUCUGAUCAAUGAAAAAGACCAGCUAAGAAACACACUUCAGAUUUUUGAUAAAUUGACGACUUAUAAAUUCAGUUUUUACUACAUAUCCAAUGAGACGAAGAGCUGGAAUGAGAGCAGAAGAUACUGUACAGAGAAAGGAGCAGAUCUGGUCAUCAUAAACAACAGCGAUGAACAAGAUUUUGUUAAUCACAUGUCUGGUGCUGCUGUAGUCUGGAUUGGUCUGACUGACAGUGAUGUGGAGGGCAGAUGGAAAUGGGUUGAUGGCACCAACAUGACCUCUGGGUUCUGGGAGUCACGUUCUAAUGAGCCUAAUGGAGGUACAAGCGAGAACUGUGCUGUGACUGUGGAUAAACAAAACAAAGAAUGGCCAAACCAUUCCGGGUGGAUUGAUGUUCAAUGUAAUAAAAUUUUUCAAUGGAUCUGUGAGAAGAAUAUUUCAAAACUCAUAAUGCCAUAGGAACAUCACACACUUUCCCCCCCCCACAAGUUUAACAGUACAAACCUUUUGUAAUAAUUGGUAGAUCAUUUAAUCUUUCCUGCCAGUCUUGUCUUGUAUUUUGAUUUUUCUAGUUUUUAUUUGUUCUUUUUUUUCUUUUUUACUCUAGUCAAGGUCCAGUCUUUAUUUUUGCUCUUGUUCUCCCAAGCCUUAUUUUUGGGUUCUCUCUUGAUUUUGUUGCUAUCUAGUCUUUUAAUUAUUUUUUUCUCUCUAGUUCCCUGCAAUGUUGCAGUCUUGUUUUUUUUUUUUUUGUUUUGUUUGUUUUUUUGUUUUGUUUAAAGUUCCAGUUAUUCAUUUAUUGAUUUUUUCUUUUGUUUAUUACUUUUAUUUUCUCUUGCAAACUCCAGUUAUAUUUUUAGUUUCUUUUGUUUUCUUUUGUCAUAUAUUUUUCCAGUUUUUUAUUUGUUCAUUUUUAUAAUCUUUUGUUGAUUGUUGUUGUCUUGUCCUGUUGUGUCUUCUCUUAUGUUGGUUCCUACCCCGCUUCCUGUUCCUCUAUGGUCAUUUACUGGCAGCUAGUCUGAUGCUAUGUCAGCUUCCCUCAGCUGCCUUGUCUCUAUCAUUGGUCAUCGUGUCUGGUGCAGUCUCACUCCUGACCAGCCUGUUGCCCCAUUGUGUGUCCUGCCCAUACUGUUUGGACUGUUUCACCCCUCAAUUAGCUUCUUGUGCCUGGUGUACCAUCCUGUCAAUAAAUCUUGUCAUCACUCAUCUCUGUGUUUGGGUCCUCUCUCACUCAAAGCCCUGACAAAAAAACAUCUAUUUGUUUUAAAUACACACAUCUAAAACAUUUAAAAAUUUCUACAUUUUAUAAGUAAUUAACACUAUGACAGAACACAAAUGGAAAUGUGUAAAUUAUAUGGUAACCAAAAAAAAAAAAAAAAAAAAAUUAAACAAAACAAAACAAAACAGACUUUAUUUUUAACUUUAACAUUUAAGUGUAGCUCAAAUAGCUCGGUUUACACUAACUCCGCUCACCAUUGUCUGGUUGGACUAGACAAGGGUUGUCCAGUCCAAUGUCCUGCAGAGUUUAGCUCCAACCCCUUUGAAACACACCUGAACCAGUUAAUCAAGGUGUUUUUCAUAAUAGAAACUUCCAGGCAGGUGUGUUGAGGAAAUGAACCCAUGAGUCACAUGCCAUUGAGCAACUGAGUAAGAGAAAUUAAGAGCAUUUUCGUCCCCAAAACUAUAAUUUGAAUUCAUCAAGUCUUCUGUGCUAUACAUACAUAUACAUAUAUACACUAUAUUGCAAAAUGUAUUAGAUUCAGGUGUUCCAAUCACUUCCAUGGCCACUACAAACAUUUGUGAAAGAAUAGGUCGCUCUCAGGAGCUCAGUGAAUUCAAGCGUGGUACCGUGAUAGGUUGCCACCUGUGCAAUAAGUCCAUUCGUGAAAUUUCCUCACUACUUAAUAUUCCACGGUCAACUGUUAGUGGUAUCAUAAUAAAGUGGAUUUAUUCAUAAAUAAAUAAAAAAUGUGCCUCCUCAUAUCAGAACACCACUGCACGCCACUGGUAUAUAUAUAUAUAUAUAUAUAUAUAUAUAUAUAUAUGUGUAUCAUACAUUCGCUAAUAAAAGGUGCCGAACAGCCACACUAAAAAUGUCACUGUUUCAAAUUCAUCAAUCCCAUUGCAGAAUUCUGUGACAUUUGUGUUAACUUCCCAAUGUUGCAGGUUCCUUUUUUUAUAAAUACAUGAAAUAUUACCAGAGACAGCAGGAGUACAAAAAAUCCAUCUCGGACAGAUAUAAGUUAGUUUAGAUGAACUUAAAGCUCUGUUUAAUCCUUCACAUUUACGGUUAAUAGUUAAAAAGCUGUAGUCAUCCAAAUGGAAAUGUCUGGGCUUGUGAAUGAUGGUAUGGAUAAAGAUUCGAUGAUGGAAUCAGAAGACAGAAUAGAGAAGAAAGUUAACAUCAGUGCUGAGGCUGUAAGAGACAUGAAACAUAAGAAAGACACAGAGGACUUUAACACGUUGAAAACCCAAACACCUCAACACACAGGUAACUGAGAUUAACUGCUAAUACAUUUAGUCUAAAAAGUUGUUAUAAAUUGUUCUAAAUGAAGAAGAAAAUAGACUAAUGGCUGUCAUUUUCAGAAAGUGAUUCUGUGAUGAACAGAAGCUCCAGAGCAGCUCUAGUGUGUUUGGUGCUGUUGUGUGUUCUUCUGCUGACUGCAGUCAUAGUGAUGGGUGUCUACAUCCAUACAAAGAGCACAAACUACACAGAUGAGAGAGACCAGCAAACAUCCAAGAAUGAAAACCUGAUCAAUGAGAGAGUCCAGCUAAUAUUCAAGAACAAAAACCUGACCAAUGAGAGAGACCAGCUAAUAUUCAAAAACAAAAACCUGACCAAUGAGAGAGACCAGAUAAUAUUCAAGAAUGAAAACCUGACCAAUGAGAGAGACCAGCUAAUAUUCAAAAACAAAAACCUGACCAAUGAGAGAGACCAGAUAAUAUUCAAGAAUGAAAACCUGAUCAAUGAGAGAGACCAGAUAAUAUUCAAGAACAAAAACCUGACCAAUGAGAGAGACCAGAUAAUAUUCAAGAAUGAAAACCUGACCAAUGAGAGAGACCAGCUAAUAUUCAAAAACAAAAACCUGACCAAUGAGAGAGACCAGAUAAUAUUCAAGAAUGAAAACCUGACCAAUGAGAGAGACCAGCUAAUAUUCAAAAACAAAAACCUGACCAAUGAGAGAGACCAGAUAAUAUUCAAGAAUGAAAACCUGAUCAAUGAGAGAGACCAGAUAAUAUUCAAGAACAAAAA